UUAAUUUUUGUAGUCUAUAUCUUUAUAAUUUUUAAAAGAUUAAAUUGAAUUUUUAUAAUUUUAUAAGGCCAAAAUGUAAUUUCACUUUUACUAAUUUAAAAUUUUAAAAAAUAUUAAGGGCCUAAAUAACAAUUUUACAUUCCCCUAUAUUCGCCUCUUUAUGUAAGCUAUAGAAGAUUUGUUAUCAUCGUAGCCAUUUUGCCACCUUUUUUCCAACAUCACUCAAUCAGCCAAAACAAGUUUUCAAAAUCACCUUGUUAAUUACUUCGAGCCGGUCAGCCUGAAAAUGUCGUCCAUGGAGGAAGGAGGCAGCGCCGCCGGAGCAGUUUCCACUAAUCAAACAAUCAUCGACAACAACACCAACAACGAUUACGUGGGAAUUGAUAUGUGGUUCACCGACGUCCCUCUCAGCGAUGGCGAAGUAGCGAAGCUCCAGUCAUUAGACAAAGCUUUUGGUGGCCAACCCACCCUUAGAUACAAACCAUUAAUACAAAAAGUCCCAUCAACCCUUCUCCGUAACGAAGAUUUCAAGAAGUAUUUCAAGCUGAAAGUGAUCUCAAUCGGCCCACUCCACCACGAUGAUCUCACCCUCCGUGAAUCCAAGGGGCUCAACCUCAAAUUAGCAGCACAUUUCGUCAAAAAAAUUGGCGUCGAUAAGAAAUCCUUGUACAGAAAAAUUAAGAAAGAGAUGGAUAGCUUGAAGGAAUGCUAUGAUCCACAGGAAUUAGAGAAGUAUAGAGACGAUAACGAGGAACUGGCUUGGAUGUUCAUCGUUGACGGCUGCGCAAAUUUACAAGCAGUUGACAUGCGUUACGAUAAUGAUGAUGAUGAUGGUAAUUUGUUAAUUAAAAAUGAUUUACUGACAUUUUUGUACUCGGAUCUGUUCUUGUUGGAAAAUCAAUUACCUUUUCGUGUUCUUGAAUUGCUUACAAGCUUGGGUGAUGGCAAAAUGUUCAUGAAUGCAAUCCGGAGGUUCAUCGAUGAUACUGUUAUCAACCCAGCCGAGAACAGGCUAGACGAUCAUUCCAAUACCGGGUACGGACUUCACUCACAGCAAUGGCGAAUCACGGAAUUGCUGGUCAUUAGACGAAGCUUUCGAAGGGGACCAUCUCGACCCCAAAGCCAAACUAUUGACAAAAGAGUCCCAGCAACCCUUCGCCGUGACGAAGAUUUCCGGAAAUAUUUCAAGCCGAAAGUGAUCUCAAUUGGCCCACUCCACCACGAUGAUCCCACCCUCCACGAGUCCGAGAAGCUCAAGCUCAAUUUAGCAGCAAAUUUCGUUAAAAAAAUUGGCAUCGAUAAUGAUACCAACAUGAAGACAGAGCCGGAUGGCUUGAAGAAAAGCUAUGAUCCAAAGGAAUUGACGGCUGCGCAAUUUUACAAGCAGUUUAUAUGCGUUACGGCCAAGAUUAUGAUCGUAAGUCGAACGAAUUUCAUUAAAAACGAUUUGCUGACAUUUGUGUACUCGGAUCUGUUCUUGUUGGAAAACCAAUCACCUUUUCGUGUUCCUGAAUUGCUUACAAGCUCGGGGGAUGGCAAAAAGUUCAUGGAUUCAAUCAAAAGGUUCAUCGACGACACUGUUGUCAACCCAGCCGAGAUAAAAGAGCCACAAUCACAUCAGCGGGACAGUAUCUUGCUUGAUUCUAGACUUACUCAUAGAUUGGGUCAUUUAGCUCGUCCGAGAAAUAUAAGGAAAAUGGUAAUGGUGGAAGCUGCAAGUCCAAUUCACCUACUGAAUCUACUACGAAUCUGUUUCAACCGUAUCUUCGUUGGAAAAUUAUGUUUACCGCCAAUCGCCGUCAAUGAUUCAACCAUGAACUUGAUAGCUUACGAAAUGUGUCCGGAUUUCAAAAACGAUUUCACUGUCACUUCAUAUAUGUGUUUCCUUGAUUUAUUGAUCGAUGAAGCCGAAGAUGUUAAAGACCUGAGUGGCACCGGCAUACUAUACAACGGAUUGGGGAGUGAUGAAGAAGUGGCUAACCUUUUCAAUAAGAUGAACACUGAUUUGGUUCCUAGUCCGAUGAUUUACGGUGGGGUUAAACGGAAAAUACAUAAUCAUUGUAAGAAUAUGCGGAUUAAGCAUGCAGCUCUAGCUUAUCAUACUUAUUUUAGGAGUCCUUGGACGUUUUUGGCAUUUGUGGGUGCCAUUACUGCACUUUUGCUUGGUGCUUUGCAGACUUAUUAUGCCAUACAUCAACCAAAGUAA